AUGAAAAUUACGAGCACAUCUUGCAUCUGUCCAGUCCUCGUGUGUCUCUGUUUUGUGCAGAGGUGUUAUGGAACUGCUCACCACAGCUCCAUCAAGGUGACCAGAAAUCAGACCAAGCACAUCGAAGGAGAGACCGAAGUCCACCAUCGUCCCAAAAGGGGAUGGGUUUGGAAUCAGUUCUUUGUUUUAGAAGAACAUAUGGGACCCGAUCCACAAUAUGUUGGAAAGCUGCACUCCAAUUCUGACAAAGGUGAUGGAUCUGUCAAGUACAUCCUUACUGGAGAAGGUGCUGGGACCAUAUUUAUCAUUGAUGAUACCACGGGUGACAUCCACUCAACGAAAAGCCUGGACAGAGAGCAGAAGACCCACUAUGUGCUCCAUGCCCAGGCUAUUGACAGACGGACAAACAAGCCUCUUGAACCGGAGUCCGAGUUCAUCAUCAAAGUGCAAGACAUCAAUGACAAUGCUCCAAAGUUCACAGAUGGACCAUAUAUCGUUACCGUGCCUGAAAUGUCAGAUAUGGGUACCUCUGUUCUGCAGGUGACAGCUACUGAUGCAGAUGACCCUACCUAUGGAAACAGUGCCCGGGUGGUUUACAGUAUUCUCCAGGGACAGCCCUACUUCUCCGUAGAUCCUAAAACAGGAGUUAUUAGAACUGCCUUACAUAACAUGGACAGAGAAGCCAGAGAGCACUACUCGGUGGUCAUUCAAGCCAAAGACAUGGCUGGGCAAGUCGGAGGGCUUUCAGGCUCCACCACGGUCAACAUCACCCUGACUGACGUCAACGACAACCCCCCACGCUUUCCUCAGAAGCAUUAUCAGCUGUAUGUUCCUGAGUCAGCUCAAGUUGGUUCAGCUGUUGGGAAAAUCAAGGCAAACGAUGCAGACACUGGUUCAAAUGCUGACAUGACAUACUCCAUCAUCAAUGGUGAUGGUAUUGGAAUAUUCUCCAUCUCUACUGACAAAGACACCAGAGAAGGGAUCCUUUCCUUAAAGAAGCCACUGAACUAUGAGAAAAAGAAGUCUUACACCCUCAACAUAGAAGGAGCAAAUACGCACCUUGAUUUUCGCUUCUCUCACUUGGGUCCCUUUAAAGACGCCACCAUGCUGAAGAUCAUUGUCGGGGAUGUGGAUGAACCACCUCUCUUUUCCAUGCCCUCCUACAUCAUGGAAGUCUAUGAAAAUGCCAAGGUUGGAACUGUCGUUGGAGCAGUUUUGGCACAAGAUCCUGACAGCGCCAAUAGCUUAGUAAGAUACUUCAUUGACUACAAUGAUGAAGAUGACAGGUUUUUCAAUAUUGAUGCCAAUACUGGAUCUAUUAAGACUACAAAGGUUCUUGAUAGAGAAGAAACUCCGUGGUACAACAUCACAGUUGCUGCUUCAGAAAAAGACAAUCCUGGUUUGCUGAGCCAUGUCACAGUGGGUAUUAGAGUUCUGGAUGUCAAUGACAAUCCACCGGAACUUGCCAGGGAAUAUGAUAUUGUUGUCUGUGAAAAUUCUAAGCCUGGCCAGGUUAUUCAUACCAUCAGUGCCACUGAUAAAGAUGAUUUUGCCAAUGGGCCACGGUUUAACUUCUUUCUUGAUGAACACCUGUCUAUAAAUCCAAACUUCACCCUGAAGGACAAUGAAGAUAACACAGCCAGCAUUCUGACAAGGCGGAGGAGAUUUAGUCGAACUAUUCAGGAUGUGUAUUAUCUCCCCAUUAUGAUCUCUGAUGGUGGAAUCCCCUCUCUCAGCAGCAGCAGCACCCUCACCAUCAGGGUUUGUGCAUGUGAGAGAGAUGGGCGCGUGCGGACCUGCCAUCCCGAAGCGUUCCUGUCCUCCACUGGUUUGAGUACAGGAGCCUUAAUCGCUAUUCUUCUGUGUGUUGUCAUUCUCCUAGCGAUUGUAGUACUUUUUAUCACCCUGAGACGCAGCAAAAAAGAGCCCCUGAUCAUUUCAGAGGAGGACGUGCGGGAGAACGUGGUCACCUAUGACGAUGAAGGGGGCGGGGAGGAAGACACGGAGGCCUUUGACAUCACAGCCUUGAGGAACCCUUCUGCAGCUGAGGAGCUCAAGUACCGCAGAGAUAUCAGACCUGAAGUGCAGCUCACGCCCAGACACCAGACAUUGUCCACCCUGGAAAGUAUAGACGUUCAGGAGUUCAUUAAGCAAAGACUGGCGGAAGCUGACCUGGAUCCCAGUGUCCCUCCUUAUGACUCUCUUCAGACUUAUGCCUACGAGGGUCAGAGAUCAGAAGCUGGAUCUAUCAGCUCCCUGGACUCGGCCACUACGCAGUCAGACCAGGAUUAUCAGUACCUUGGGGACUGGGGACCAGAGUUUAAAAAGCUGGCUGAACUCUAUGGAGAAAUAGAAUCUGAAAGAACAACUUAG